AUGGGGAGCCCUUCAUUCUUUGGCGUCAUUGACAGAGAUUUCGGAUCUAAGCCAGCUGAUCUUCUCAAGCGACUGAAAAAGUCGCUGCUCCUGGAGCUCACAUUGAGCACAAAAACGAACUUUCUCUUGGCGUGCAGAUCUGAGGCACAUAAUGCUGUCAGCAUAACUGUAAUUUCUGAACCCUAUGACAUCAGCCCCUCCAAGUGGCUUAUAAAUCUGACUGAUGUGACAGUUCCAGUCAAUGUGGCACAAUUUUUGUCUCUUGGACAUAAUUUUUCUGUGAGAGGAAAGAGACCUGAUCCAGCGACUCUGGUGGUGAAUAGGUUUCUUAAGAACAAUAAGGAUGUUAUGGUCACCGGGGCUGACAAGGGCCAGGUGACUGUCCUCCUGGAUAGACAUAAGUACAUUCGAGGUGGUUUAGCAAUGUUGGGGGACCCGCUGACCUACGAAAGCCUUUCGAAAGAUAAGAAUGUAACUGCUCAGAACCUUAACAAUAAAUCGGUCAAAUCCUGGGAGAAGCAGAAGUUUAUAUCGAGUGAUCUGUGUGGAAAUUUGACGAUCUCGGAGGAAAUUUUAGACACUGAGCGCAGCAGAACUCAGGGCAGAAGAGAGGCGAAAAAGUCUGCAGCAAUGGCAGGAGAAGUGGCACAACUCGUCGAAGGGAAGAUGGACUCACCGGCUGAUCCCACAGACAAAAGUGUCAUGGCGUCUGUCGGCUGCUUUCUGUGGCUCUUUUGGACUUUUACUGUGGUAACUUGCAGUCCAUUAAGCACUGAUGGAGAUGGAAUUAAUGAUGUAUAUCACGGAUGGUACACAAGAGAUGUUAGAAAGCCGGAGUUACUUGUGCCGAGACGGGCCAAUGCAGAUGGGAGUUUCAGCACAUUUUUAUUGCCAAAUUUUUACAAUCGAGUUGAAGUGACUGAGAGAAAGAAGAGAUCGAUGAAUUCAGAUGUGGAUAGGUUACAUCUAAUGCUGCCAUUCAAUGGAGCUGAUCAUCAUGUAGAAUUGACGCCAUAUAGUGACUUCAUUUCACCGGAAAUGGUCAUUGAGACGCGGAGCGAUGGUCCAGUAAACGACUUAAAUGCCAGGCUGAGAUUCAAGAGGGUUUCGGAUGACCAAUGUUAUUACAGAGGUUUUGUUAGAGGUCAUUCCAACUCUCGCGCUGCGUUGUCCCUCUGUGACGGAGUGGCUGGAUAUAUUCAAACUGAUGAUGGAAGAUAUUUCAUUGAGCCAAUGAGUGAAUCAAAGCCGGGAAAAGACGGCCAGCAUGUGCACAUGAUUUACAAACGCCAAACACCAACUGAAAAAGAUUCACCAAAACGUCUAUGCGGAACUGGCGAUGAUUGGGAAUCAGCAUGGGCGGAGCAGUUGACCAAGCGGCAACAACGUUUGAUCGAGACUGGUAAUUCACGGUCAUUGAAACGUGCUGAUGAUAAAAAAACGAGCUCUGGUACACACAGUAUUCAUCGUUUCAUUGAAAUUGGAGUCGUUGCUGAUAAAAAAUUUCUUGACUUUUAUAAGGGAACUGACUAUGAGAAAUAUUUACUCACUAUUAUGAAUAUGGUUUCCGAUUUUUAUCAUGACUCUUCGGUGGGAAACCAAAUUGAUGUUGUUGUUGUGAAGAUGACUUAUCUGGAAGCUGAGAAAAAAGAGAUCGACCUAACAAUUUCACCAAAAGCGGAAAAAACAUUGGAGAGUUUUGCCGCAUGGUCCGAAAAAAUGAAUCCCAAAGAGAAAACUCACCCAAAUCAUUUCGAUAUAUCAGUUCUGAUCACUAGACACGAUAUCUGCUCCGAGCAGUCUGGAUGCACUUUGAUGGGUUUGGCCUACGUAGCGGCAGCGUGUGAUCCCCCAAAAGCUGCAGCCAUAAACGAAGACUCGGGUCUCCUUCUCGGUAUUGUAGUAGCUCACGAAGUUGGCCAUGUGAUGGGCUGCAGCCACGAUGAAGAGGAUGUCAGUGGCUGCCCACCUCAGGAUAAAGAUCAAAGUUACUUCCUCAUGUCUCCCAUUGUCUUCAUUUACACUAUUCGAUGGUCCACGUGUAGUAGAAAGUUCAUAACAAAUUUACUAGAGAGUGGUUUAGGAGAGUGUUUGAAUAAUGAUCCGAGAAAUCCCCCCGCUAAUUACAACCUCCCGAAUAUGCUUCCAGGGGCAAUGUAUGAUGCUGAUUUCCAAUGCAACCUCCAGGAGAAGGGAUCGGUAGUUUGUCCACGUGGUCAGGUACAGAAAAUGAAAAACGAAAAAGUAGCAAAUGACAGUAAUUCCUUCAAGGAACUCAAGAAUCAAUCAUCAGCCUCGAGUUCGACGAUGAUCGACGGAAUUUACGCCUCCUUCGACUCGACAGUCGGCGCUUUCGCCAAAUGGGGGAAUUUACGCCUCCCUCAACUCGACAAGGAAUUCACCAGGAUGACAGCAACUCAACAGGAAGACGUCAAGGACACCUAG